UCUAUAGCCACCUAUGUAGUACAUUAUUCAUGAGAAUGCGCAACUGAUGAACUUCUGUGACAGGACCAGAAGAUGACGUGUCCACGUGACAAGAGAGGGCGGGUCGUGAGAAAAGUAUUUAUUCAGAACUCACUGCCAUCUCCUGUAGGACUCAAGACCUUCUUACAGACAAUCAAGAGCCAUCUCUACUCACAUGUUCACCAGUUCGAGUUACAGCCAGAAAGUUAUAACUGUUUGGAAAAGUAAACCUGGUAUUUUAAUCAGUCAAAGACUUCCAGAGUCAUGUUCCAAACACCGAAGCUGUGGCUGUGGAUAGCAGUCUUAUCCUGUCACCUCAUCCACCGGGUUGCGUCAAGGACUCAGCCUCAUGUGAUCAUGAUCAUGAUUGAUGAUCAGGGUUACAACGAGCGCAGCUCACGCAACCCCGAGUUUCGGACACCCGUCAUGGACAGACUGGAAUCCCAGAGCGUGCGUCUGACCCGGAUGUACAUGCAGCCAUCUUGCAGCAUGUCACGGGCGGCCUGGAUGACCGGACGCUACCCUCACACGAUGGGCAUCGAGCAGCCCUUUCAAGGGUAUGAUAACAGGUCUAUACCUGUGGAUAUCAAGCUACUUCCACAGUACCUUAAGGAUGCGGGGUACCAGACAUAUAUGAUUGGCAAGUGGCAUUCAGGUAUGUGUAGCUGGAGCAUGGCGCCAACCAGACGAGGUUUUGAUGCUUUCUCGGGCUGUCUCUUUGGCAACGGCGAUCAUUUCUUCCAAUUUAAGGGUAAUCCGUACGAUUUUUGGACGAACGAAACAUUGGAUCGUUCAGUGAGUGGACAAUACGACACCGAGGUUCUAACACAACGAACUAUCGACGUCAUCAAGGAACACAGGACGAGCAGGACGACUCAACCUUUUUUUAUUAACCUGGCCUACAAGGCCAUACACGUCCCCAUAACGGUGCCGGAGUACUACAGCAAGAGAUGUUCCCACAUCAACGACACCCUGCUCAGAGAUCGCUGUGGCACCAUGGCUGGGGUGGACGAUGGCAUCAAGAACAUCACCGACACCUUGGAACAACUUGGCUACAUGGACAAGCCACUGCUGUUGAUGGUGACGAGCGACAACGGCGGCGACUCACCCUAUGGAGCAAGCAACUGGCCGCUGAGAGGAAAGAAAUCCACGGUUUUUGAGGGAGGCACCUUGGUCCCGGCCUUCAUGUACAGCAGAGUUCUGUUCCCUGAUGCUCCGCGGGAUUACAACGGUCUGCUUCACGUCACAGACUUACCUGUCACCAUCAUCAACCUGGCAAACAACUCAACCACACCAGUGGUCAUCCCCAACGUAGAUGGCAAAAAUCAAUGGCUAGCAAUAAAGCAGAACGGGUCGAGCAAAAGGGACAAGAUGGUGUAUCAGAUGUGGCUGGAUGUAGGAGCUGUAAGAGUUGGCCAGUUCAAGCUCGUCUACCAUAAAAGAGGUCCGUGUUCCGGGUGGCAAAAUCCUCUUUCAGCGUUUAACACAACUCUCCCCGAAAACGUGACGAUUGCAAAGGGUAUAUGCUGUUCGACUUGA